UCUUCCUUUUUAUUUUUCCAUAAUAAUUGAUGUUCUUAAUUUUUACUUUGGUUAUUAUUUAUUCUUAUUCUAAUUACCAUGGAUAUAAUUAAUGAAAUAUUCUCAUCUAAUAAGGUUCUCUAUGAGUGUUCAUGUGGCCAUUGUAAACCAUUGACUCAUAUUUACUUUUGUCGUUACUGUUUAAAGAUAAGGUGUAAAGAUUGUGUCUCUCAUGAGGUUGACUCCCAAUAUUGUCAACAUUGUUUAGAAUAUAUUCCAACGGUUGAUGCUAAAUUAAAGAAAAACAAAUGUGCAUCAUGCUUCCAAUGUCCCGUUUGUAUGCAUACAUUUACUCCGAGGACAUUUUUAGCCUCAGUUCCCAGCGAAACCGAUCCAAACGGGAUGACCACCAGGAAAGCUCAGGUUCUACUUUGCUCUUAUUGUAAAUGGAGUUCAAAAGAUGUUGGGAUUCCUGAUCAAUUAGUAGGUUCUGGUGGUUGGCCUGAAGUUGAAGUUCCAAAUAAGAAACGUAUCGAAGGUCUUGUUGAACAUUAUCGAGUAAUCGCUCAAAGAGAAAGAAUGGAAAAGGAAAAGAAACGAAUUAAUCCAAGACCAGGUCAUGCUAUUCAUCUAUUAGAUAAAUAUGGAAUAUCGGCUUCCCUUUCAGCCAAAUUAACCGAAAGCUUACGAACUAAAGCGGGUAGAACAAGUUCUAACUAUAUGCCAACGUCUAAAUCUUUAACUGACAUUAAAUUGGAACCAUCAAUAGCAACCGAUCAAUUGGAACCACUUAAAAUUGAAGAUUAUUACAAUAGAGAUUUAAAUGAGAUGGAGAUUAGUACAAUCGAGCAAAGAUUAAUGCAAAUAGAAAUUCAACCUGGACCCGUUGAGAAGUUUUAUCCAAUAAGUAAAAUGCUCUAUGUUAAAAGAUCACUUCGAUGUAAAGAAUGUGAUCACAAUCUAAUCAAACCAGAAUAUAAUUCAUCUUCAAUUAAAUUUAAAAUUCAAUUGUCCGCCUAUUAUGAUAUUCCUGAAGUUAAGAUUGCAUCUAAACCAAAGUUAUACCCAUUUUCCGAAUCAACGGUUGAAUUAACCUUCAAGAAUCCUUACCAAUACGGGAUGAAUAUUUCACUUCAUCCUCUUAAUGAAGAUGAGAUGAAUGAAACUAUCACAGGGAAAGUGAUCCUCCCAAAAUCAGAGUUUAUCCUGGAAUGUAAAGAUGAUACACUUGAAUUAGAAUUGGACUCUACUCAGAAAAAUCGUUACAAUGAUGAUCCUCAACUUAUAACUUUUCGUCGGGGCAACAAAAUUGGACUGAGGUUACAAGUUUCACCAACAAUUGGUUCCGGUGAUUGUAGGAUUUGUUUCCGAUUGAAACACGAUUUUGUCAACAGUGUUAUCCAAACUAAAUCAACUGGAGGAUCAGAGCCUCAAGUCUCAUGGAUUUAUCAUAAAAUCUAUAUUAACCUAGGACCCGUUAUCGAAUCAAGAGAAAGUGUCGCUUAAUCUUUACAUUAAAUUGUUAACGAGAGAAAAUUAUUCCAAUUAAUUUAUUAAUCAAAUUUAAUAUACAGUCAAUCAAUUUUGUAAUUUUAUGUUACAAACAAUUUGGUAAAUCUUUAUUUUCAAUAUCAUCAAUAAGUGAUUGAAAUUAAGGCAUAAAAAGUGAUGCUUUUUUUAAUUAAUUAUCAAUUGCAUUACAACAAAACUAAUUUACAAAAUGAAAAUGAUUACUUUUUUUUUUGA